UAUAGAUGGCUUCUCCCCAUGUCUAACUCUUUACUCAAAUUUGGGCACGUGGUAGCCUUAUCAUCUCAUUCCCAUAGUUCUUAUCUGUAAUGUUGUUUUCCAAGGUGCAAAAUGUUGCAUUAUUUGUGUCCUCUCUUCUGACUCUUUUUCUCUCUCUCCGUCUGAACAACUAGAGGGAAGAACGUAUUGUGGAGGAAACCACCUUCCUCGUCUGUAAACUCCAUGGCGAAGUCGACUGUGAUUUCUUGUGAACAAAAUUGAGGCUUCAAAAUGCCCGUUUGAGAGAUUAGUGCCGCUGCCGAAGAGAGAAAGUAGUACCGGUAUUCAUCGCGUCGAAAACCUACCACCCUUGCAUCUCUUCGUGAUCUCUUUCCCACCAAGACAUACAGAUGGAGCUUCAACAUUUCAGCCAUGAGCAUCCAUUGAUCCUCAAAGAAGUGCAAAAGGAGGGUGAAGAUAUUUUAUCCACGUGAGAUGUUCAAUUAUGACUCCAGAGUCUUUAAGAGGUGGUGAAAAUGAGAAUGAAAUUGAUCAAUCAACCGACCUUAAUCUACUACACUUACCAGUGACCGAUGGUUCCUUAGAACUAGCUAAACAUUUUGGUAAACAUACCAAUCUUGAAGAUGUUGAGAGAGAGGCAGAGCUCAUCCAUUGGAGCCACGAGCAUCCAUUAAUCCUUUUUGAUGUGCGAAAGGACGAUGAUAUCAAGGAUGGGAUUAUCCUAUGUGAUGGUUGUGUUCUACCAGUAUCAUUUCCUUUUUACCAUUGUGGUCAAUGUGAUUAUUUUCUCCACUUAAAUUGUGUUAGGUUACGAAGAGAAUUGGAGUUCCCAAUUUACCAUGAACACCCACUGCAACUUUCUCAGCAUAGUAAAUUCUACGAGACCUACUGGUGCAAUGCUUGUCGUGUAUACUGUUGGGUUUUCUCACGAUUUGAAUCCACUAACAAACACACACAAUCGAAGAACAAAUCAAGAAUAUAA